UUAAAUAAUAUUUUUUAAAGUCUUUUGAGCCGAUGUGAUGAACUCUGCUGAUGAAGACUUUGACUCAAACUGCUGCUGAGUUUUUACAGUGCAGAGCUGCACCAUCUGCAUCCUGCCUCCAGGUGGAGCUGGAGGUUCAUUCUGACCUGAGAGCCUCCUCCUCCUCCUCCUCCUCCUGACUGAGUUCAGUUCAACUGACACAAAAAGAGGAAGAAGAGAAGGAGGAAGGAGACACACAGACAGAGACAGAAAGACAGAGACGGACGGACAGAGUGAACAACAUGAGAGCUGAGGAGUGAACCGUCGCUGCGCUGAUCUGACACUGCCGUCUGUCCAUCUGUCCGUCCACCUGCAGACAUGUCCUCGUCCAGAGGGGACAGUAAGACAGCCUCCCAGUUUGUGUCUCUGACCAUGAGGCUGAAGGAUAAGCUCCACCCACAGAGGGUCAGACGCUCCGAGCGAAUCAAACACACCCCGUCACAGAGAGUCAAACCGCCUGACCUCGACCUGCAGCACAAGGACGGUGGCGUGUUGGCGGACCAGCAGCGGGCUGUCAUCAGCUCUCUGCAGUACUUCAAGGCUCUGGUGGACAGACUGGGAGUGGACAGACAGGAAGUGGACAAACUGGUCCAGGACCAGUGUGUGGUGGGCGGUCUGCUGGGCGGAGCCUCUGGUGGCGUCCUGGAGGCAGUCCAGACUCUGGUCCAGCUGGAGCCACACCUGCACAACAGUAAGACUGUCUCUUCCUGUCUCACUCGUCUCUACUCUUCUCUGGCUGAGCUGAUUCGCUGGGCUGAUCAGGUGAUGCUGCAGGGCGUCGUCAGCGGCAACAAAGAGUCUACAGCAAGCGUUACCACUGUGAUCAGGGCGGUGCUGGACGGGGUGAAGGAGCUGGUUCGAUUGGCUGCAGAGAGAAAAGACGGCUCCGCCCCCUCAUCUCCUUUCCAAUCACAGCCUGACGUGGGACAGACAGGCAGGUCAGGUGUCCAGCAGACAUCAGACAGGAAGUCCACCUGCCAGAGUCCAGGAGCUCCUGCAGAGGACAAAGAGGAGGAGGGGACUGUUGAUGCUCCUCCCAAGCCUCCAAUGCCUUUCACAGAGCUCCUCCCCCAGGUGUCCCCUCCACAGGUGUCCCUCAACCGGGUGUCCCUCCCCCAGGUGUCCCCUCCACAGGUGUCCCUCAACCGGGCGUCCCUCCCCCAGAUGUCCCUCGACCAGGUGUCCCUCCCCCAGUUGUCCCUCGACGAGGUGUCCCCUCCACAGGUGUCCCUAAACCGGGCGUCCCUCCCCCAGAUGUCCCUCGAUGAGGUGUCCCCUCCACAGGUGUCCCUAAACCGGGCGUCCCUCCCCCAGAUGUCCCUCGACCAGGUGUCCCUCCCCCAGUUGUCCCUCGACCUGGUGUCUGUCCCCCAGGUGUCCCCUCCACAGGGACUCAGUCCACCAGCCCUGCCACCCAAAAAACGUCAGUCGUCAUCAGGCCCCGCCCACUGCAGGGUCGCCGUCGUAGCACCGAUGAGACGAGAGCCUGAAGUGGACACACAGGAGGACGAGUGUUUGAAGCGUUUUUCGUCUUCGUCGGCUGCUGAGGACACACACUGUGAGGACGAUCCGGACUACGACUUCCUCCACACUGACCUGUCCUCCUCUGAGACUCUUCCUCCUCUUCUUCAGCCCCCCCCCCCCCCCCCUGCCCUGCCGGAGAAGACUCGUGCUGCAGGAACCAACUCUCAGGCCCAGACUUCAUUUGGGUUCGAUCCUGCUGCCCAUAAAGAGAGCCCCGCCCACUGUGAUGAUGUCAUUGGUCCUGACGAGUCACUGUCUUCCCCUUUGUCCCCCAGCAAGACCCCACCUCCCCUCCCUGAGAAGAAACGACACAUCCAUCAGUACCUGCAGGUCUGUUCUUCCUACAGUGCUCAGGCAGCCGCCAUGUUCUAUCCACGACCUUUGACCCUCAGUGAGCGAUACAACAGUAGGCAGCGAGAGGUGGAGACCACCUACCAGCUCUCACACACACACCUAGACACACAGACGUUAGACUCCACCCCCUCACCUGAGCUGCUUCCUGCUCCAGUUCUACCACCGAAGAAGAGACAACAGGACUCAGCUGGACAGUACGAAGAGAACCAGACCAGAGACAGUGUCCAGCAGGAGGCAGAGCAUGGCAGGAGGAGCAGUAAGGAGCUGGAGGAGCAGGAGGAGGUGUUACUGAUCGACCAGCAGAAGGUCCUCCGCAGAAUCACAUUGAAAACUCAGGAGGAGGAUGGGCCAGACGUGAAGGCAGCCUCUCCUGAGAUCCUUUUAGUCUACGCCACAGAGACCGACAACAGCACUGAGCACGUCCUGUACCGUGAAGCCUUCCUCUCCACCUACAGAAGUUUCAUCAGCCCAAAUAAUGUCAUCAGCAAACUACAGUACAGGUACAGACAUCUGUGUGACAGACAUGAGCCUGCACACCUGACCGCUGCCAAGAACACCUUUCACCUGCUGGUUCGAGUGGUCGACGAGCUGUGUGCGAUCGAGCUGGACUCUGAUUUGCUGCUGCUGUUGAUGGAACUGGUGUUCAGCCUCCUGACUGGAGGAGAGCUGGGACUGGCCCGCCUGCUGCGCUCCAACAUCCUGUCCAAGAUGGAGCAGAAGUGGCAGCUGAUUGGCUCACCUCAGUCACUCCGCCCCCUUGCAGCCAGGGGCGUGGCUGCCAGACCAGGAACUCUUCUGGACUUCAGGAGUCAGGAUUUAGCUGAACAGCUGACUCUGCUGGACUCUGAACUCUUCUGCAAGAUCGGGCUUCCAGAGGUGUUGCUGUGGUCGAAGGAGCAGAAUGAGGAGAAGAGUCCAAACCUGACAGAGUUCACCCAACACUUUAACAACGUCUCCUUCUGGGUUCGAUCUGUCGUCAUUCUUCAGGACAAACCUCAGGACAGAGAGAAACUGUUGCUCAAGUUCCUGAAAAUCAUGAAGCAUCUGCGGAAGCUGAACAACUUUAACUCGUACCUUUCCAUCCUGUCAGCGCUGGACUCCGCCCCCCUGCGACGCCUGGACUGGCAGAGAAGCACAGCUGAGGCUCUGGAGGAGUUCAGCUCUUUGAUUGACAGCUCAUCAUCUUUCAGAGCUUACAGAGCAGCUCUGGCUGAAGUGGAGCCUCCCUGUAUACCCUACCUGGGUUUGAUUCUUCAGGACUUGACCUUCGUCCACCUGGGGAAUCCUGACAUGUUAAUGACAUCGGAGGGUUCAAAGGUCAACUUUUCUAAACGCUGGCAGCAGUUCAACAUCCUGGACACUCUGAGGAACUACCAGCAAGUUCCGUACGCUCUGCAGCCAAAUGAUGACAUCAUAUCUUUCUUCAAUGAUUUCAACGAUCACCUGGCAGAGGAGGCAUUGUGGGACCUCUCUCUCAGGAUCCGCCCUCGAAACGCCCCACGAGCCAAUCAGAGAUGACAGACCAAAACAGACUAAACUUGCACUGAGUUAACCUGAGCUAUCCUGGAACGUCACAAGGCUAGCCUGUGCUACCUUAAUGCUAACUUGUUGAUACUGAGGACUGAGGUGGAUCAACCUGGUGCUAACCUGAACUCGUGCUGACGCCUGGCAACAGCCCCAAAAGGAAGCUAAUCUCAAGGAAACUAAUUGUGGCUAACAGUUUGUGCUAACAUGUAUUUAUCUAGACUGUUCCUGCAACAACGUCAACUGACAAAGUUUAGCUAGGUUUUAGCAGAAGUUAGCUUGGAGCUAGUCCCGGGUUAGCCACGUGUAAUUCAGGUGUUAUCUGGGGUUAUCCUGGAGCUAAGCGGGGUUAGCCAGGUGUUAGCCAGGUGUUUUGGGGCUGAUGUGCACUCCUGGUGGGUGUGGCCUGUUCCUGUAUCUGACCUCAGAACUGUUCACAUAUUCAAAGCAAUAUCACAAUAAACAUCACUGUUUACUU